CUCUCCCUCAUUGUCACACAAACACAGCUCUCUCAAACUUUCACUCAUGGGCUCACUCAUGGUCGGAGCUGAGAAGAACACUGGUCCAGGGGAGGCUUGGGGAUCUAGACUUUUUUCCCCAAAAGGCACCGAAUGAAUCCCACCUUGGGCUACAGAAACACAGACUAUUGACGUGAAACAACCUUUCUCAGUGUGAUGGAUAAACCUUAUAAUCCAGAGGUCAAGUUAAGGCUGGACAUGGGCAAAAACCAUCCUGCACCCGGCCCCUUGACCAGAGGACAAUGGUCUAGCAAAAUUGAGUUCCUCUUGGCUGUCGCAGGACAAAUCAUAGGCCUAGGAAAUGUGUGGAGGUUCCCUUACCUGUGCUACAAAAAUGGAGGUGGAGUGUUCUUCAUCCCUUAUGUACUCUUCCUCUUUACCUGCGGCAUCCCCUUGUUUCUCCUGGAGACAUCUCUCGGCCAGUACACUAAACAGGGAAGUAUCACCUGCUGGAGGAAAAUCUGUCCCCUUUUUGAAGGGAUGGGUUAUGGUAGUCAGGUGGUUGUCUUAUACUCCAGUAUCUAUUACAUCAUUAUAUUGGCCUGGGCUUUCCUGUAUCUCUUCUUCUCUUUCACCUCUGAACUUCCCUGGGCAAGUUGCAGAAACAGCUGGAACACAGAGACCUGUGUGGAGUUUGAUCGGAGGGCUGAUCAUUUGAAUUGGACUGUAGCCACAAAUUCAACUUCACCAGUGAGAGAGUUUUGGGAGAGAAGAAUUUUGAAUGUCACAGGAAGUGUCCACGAGUUAGGCAGCAUACGAUGGGAGUUGGCUCUGUGUCUUCUGUUGUCCUGGAUCAUCUGUUACUUUUGUGUGUGGAGAGGAGUAAAGUCCACAGGAAAGGUAGUUUACUUUACUGCAACAUUUCCAUAUGUGAUGCUGGUGGUGUUGCUUGUUCGUGGACUCACGUUGCCUGGGGCCUUAGAUGGGAUCAAGUUUUACCUCUACCCAGAUCCAUCCCGCCUCAGUGAUCCACAGGUGUGGAUGGAUGCUGGCACACAAAUAUUUUAUUCCUAUGCUAUUUGCAUUGGGUGUCUAACUGCACUUGGCAGUUAUAAUAAGUACAACAAUAACUGUUACAAGGACUGUUUGUACUUGUGCCUUUUGAACAGCGGGACCAGUUUUGUAGCUGGCUUUGCCAUCUUCUCUGCACUUGGAUUCAUGGCAUAUGAGCAGAACACAGACAUAUCAAAAGUGGCACAGUCAGGUCCUGGCUUGGCGUUCAUUGCCUACCCUCGAGCAGUCGCCAUGAUGCCAUUUCCUCAGCUCUGGGCGAUAUUCUUUUUCAUUAUGAUCAUCCUGCUGGGACUGGACAGUGAGUUUGUAGGUCUGGAAGCUUUCGUAACAACAAUUUCUGACAUGAAUCCUGCCUUCUUCCACGUUGGCCAUCGACGCAAACUUCUUCUGCUUGCCGUUUGUGUUGUUAGUUUCUUCAUUGGCCUUGUGAUGGUUACAGAAGGAGGACUGUACAUUUUCCAGUUGUUUGACUACUACGCCUGCAGUGGGAUGACUCUACUUCUCUUUGCCACAGGGCAGUCUGUGUGCAUUGGCUGGAUUUACGGUGCUGACCGGUUUUAUGAAAACAUAGAUGGCAUGAUUGGAUACAGGCCGUUCCCCCUGAUUAAGUAUUGUCUGAAAUAUUUGACUCCAGUAAUAUGCAUGGGAACGUUUGUCUUCUCCUUGGUCAAAUACACUCCUCUGAAGUUCAACAACACAACUGAGUAUCCAUGGUGGGGCUAUGCUCUUGGCUGGUGGUUUACUCUAUCCUCUACACUCAUGAUCCCUCUCGUGAUGCUGUACAAAGUGAGCACCACUCCCGGUACACUGCGACAGAGGAUGUCCAUCUUAUGUACUCCAGCUGAAGACAUUUCAUUGAACAAAGUAGAGAAGAAAUCACUUGAAAUGCUGAACAGGACCUCAUCUCCUGACAGCAUGGUGUCCUAGUGACAAACUGUCAGCGUCAGAUACCUGAAACACCAGGAGGCAUAAGGAAAAGCUUGACCUCAAUCCAGGGUUCUGACUCUAAAUUCCUGUAAAACCAGUGGUUCGCAGUCUUUUUGGGGGUUUGUCCAAUUAAAAUAAUGUCUACUUGUGACUUCAUCACAGGUAUAGUAUUUGGGUGUGACCAGUUUAACCAAAAACUAAUUUUUGCUUCAAUACUUGCCUAAAAUUAUCCAUCCAAAAAAUCAAAACUUAAAGUCGGAAUAAAAACAUGAUUUUGUGCAGCAGUUAUAUCUGCUUUCCUAUCCAACAAUCUUGUGACCCUUCAGAUUUAACCUGCGACCCUUGAGUGGGUCCCCACACACUGCAGUGAAGGUAUAGCUUUAAAUGUAUCAUGAUAUCACUGAAUGCUGACUCAACAGAAACAUUUUUCAAGAAUAUGGUAAAGAGAAUCUAAGCUCAAAGGUCCACUUACAGUACAGGGAACGCUGACAGCACUGACAGCUAGAGAGUAGGGCUGCAACUAAUGAUUAUUUUCAUAAUCAAUGAAUCUAGCUAUUGUUUUUCAAGCGAUUCUGGAAGGUGAAGCCAGGGCAGAAGUGCCUUAAAUCUGCAUUCUUUCUGAUGGCCAACAGGGGGCAACGGCACUUGACCUGUCAGUCAGGAUAGUGAAUCGUAUCCCCUCCAAUGUGUAUAUUUAACCAGCCUUGAACUUGUUUUUGAGUGCUGUUGUGUUUUUGUUUGGUUGAACUAAAAGACACUAAGUAGUAAGUAAGCCUGUUUUUCACUAGCCAAAAUUAGCAUCCAAAUUAAUAAAACAGUUAACGUGAAUUACGGAUGCACUCUGCCUGACCAAGCUAGCUUGCGCCACCCUCUCGUUCAAAUAUGGUCACUCAUGGUUCCAAAAAAAACAAGAUGGCGACGGCCAAAACAGCGAUGUCACAGUGGCUACGUCCACUUCUUUUAAACAGUCUAUGAAGGAUGUCUUCAGAUGUCUUGUUUUGUCCAGAUAAAGAGUCAACAACCCAAAGACAUGUUUGAAGUUUUUGCUUGAUAAAUAUACUUAAAUAAUUAAUUGAUUGCUGAUAAAUAUUGAUUAAUCUCAUAAUUGUGUCAGCACUUCCAGCAAGUGGACCUUAAAACAUAUUAUCUUUAUGACCCAAAGGUCAUGAUGAAAGAACAUACAUGCUAACCUGCUGAAUAGUCAAUCACAAAAAAAGUAUUUUUAACAGUGUUAUAUAGAUUCUAUUUUUAUUGUAGUCCCAACUUUAAAGAUACAAUGUGUUAUAUCUGGCCGUGCCGUGUUGUCUUUAUAUUAACGUCAUAAAUUAAGCCUUUUAUGACUUCCUGGAUUAGCGGACAUCGCUUCUUUUGCCACAAUGGCGUGAAAAAGACCAUCACUUGUGUGAUGAUCUGAUAGACACAACUGACAAAUAUGUGGAAUAAGUCCACGUCCCCUCAUGUUGGACAGAGGGCAGACUGGACAGUGACUCAAUAUCACAUCUCAAGGACAGGACAGGGCUAGUUGGUUAGCAUGCUAACUUCAGUAGAUAUCUCUGCAACACAAUACAAAGACUUUGUCUAUGACAUGACAUCAGAGCUGUUACUACUUCACUUUCCGCUCAUUUUAGAAAAUUCUGGCUAUAUACACAUUAUAUUACACAUUGUACCUUUAAGCUUGAUUAAUUAUAGUUUUUGUACAAAAUACUAAUUUAUCAACUUUUUUGUUUUUAUUUCAUAUACCAUUGAGAUUUGUGGCAACAGUUCCUUGUAUUACACAUAAAUGCUGUAAAAUGACAUUUUUUACAUUAAAGGAUCAAUCAAAAAAUGUUUUUUAAAAGAAAAUGUCUGUUUUUGAAACAAAUAAUGGCAGAAAUCAUGUGAAUUCAUGUUUAAACUGACAGUGUGACAUUUUGUCAAUUGUUUUUACCCAUUGUUAACAUUGUUAAUAAAUACAUCGCAAACAGUAAGCUAAUAUGUUAUUAAUGAAAAUGUUUGUAUGAUUGAAUGAAUCAUGGGAUUGGAAUAUAAAAAGUUGAUUUCCUUA